CUUCCUCCUCUCCAUUCAUCCCAUCAUCAUCAUCAGCAUCACCACCACCAUCAUCAUCUGGAUGAUUGGUGGCCUUUCCCCGCAAUGUCCAAGCCCUACCCCGCUCGGCCGGGGUAGAGCCCAGCUUGGACCACGGGAUGGCCUCCGUCCCCAAUGAGGAAAUGGACGCUUCUGAUAGUGAUCCUACAAGCUGUUUCGCACAGUCUUUAGACCGCUCAUUUCCUCUCAGCUUCUCUCAGCUUCUCUUGUCAAUGUCGCAACGUAAAACAUAUCUCCGAUCUCUAACAACCUUUCCAAAAUGAAGUUUACAGAGGGCAUGUGGCGGUUGAAGGAGGGCGUCCGGAUCGACUGGAUGAGCAAUGUCGAGCGGUUGAGCAUUGACAGCGAAACGGUGGAUCUGCUGCUGAACAAGCUGCAGCGGCAUCGUGGUGAUACCCUCAAUUCGGCAACUGUUACCGCGCAGAUCACAUCUCCGUUGGAGGGCAUCAUCGGGGUGAAUCUAGUCCAUUGGGCAGGCUCACUAGAUCAAGGCCCCCAUUUCGAACUCGCCUCGUCCACAGGACGCGUCCAAAUAUCACACACCGAGCGCGAAUCCCUCCGCUACAGCAGUGGCCCCCUGACCUUAGCCAUAACGACGACACCCAACGAACUGGAAUUCAGUUUCACCGGCGCAGACAAGCCCACCACCAAGCUCACGGGCCACUCCUGGCGUUCAAUUGGGUACGUCAGCGAUCAAACCACCGAAAAGUCCCGCUGGGAAGACGGACUAUACCUCGAGCGGCAGGGGUACAUGCUCGCGGAGCUGGACCUCGGCGUCGGCGAGAAGCUGUACGGACUGGGUGAGCGGUUCGGACCCUUUGUCAAGAACGGCCAGACGGUGGACACCUGGAACGAAGAUGGCGGCACCUCCUCGGAGCUGGCAUACAAGAAUAUCCCGUUUUACAUCAGCUCCGCCGGAUAUGGAGUGUUCGUGAACAACCCAGGCAAGGUCAGCUUCGAGUUACAGUCGGAGCGAACGACGCGAGUCAACAUCUCCAUCCCGGGCGAGGAGCUGCAAUACUUUAUCGUCUACGGCAGCACCCCCAAGGAAAUCUUACGACGAUAUACUGCCCUCACUGGCCGUCCCAGUCUCGUUCCAGCAUGGAGUUACAACCUCUGGUUGACAACAAGCUUCACAACCAACUACGACGAACAAACCGUGACCGGCUUCCUCGACGGCUUCCGGGACCGCGACAUCCCACUCGGCGUCUUCCACUUCGACUGUUUCUGGAUGAAAUCCUACCAAUGGUGCGACUUUGACUUCGACUCCGACAUGUUCCCAGACGCAGCGGGCUACAUCAAACGACUCAAGGAGCGAGGCCUACGGAUCAGCGUAUGGCUGAACCCGUACAUAGGCCAAGCAUCGCCGUUAUUCCGCGAGGGCAAAGAAAACGGCUACUUUAUAAAGCGCACCGACGGCACCAUCUUCCAAUGGGACAACUGGCAGGCCGGCAUGGCCAUCAUUGACUUCACCAACCCAUCAGCCCGCACCUGGUUCAGCAACAAACUCACGCACCUCCUAUCCCUCGGCGUCGACAGCUUCAAAACCGACUUCGGCGAACGCAUCCCCUACAAAAACAUCCUCUACCACGACUCCACCCUCUCUCCAACCCGCAUGCACAACUACUACACCUAUCUCUACAACCAAACCGUCCACUCCGUCCUCCUCUCCAAUCCCACCCCCAACCCCAACUCGAGCAAAACCGCAAUCCUCUUCUCCCGCAGCGCCACCGUCGGCUCCCAGUCCCACCCAAUCCACUGGUCCGGCGACAGCGAAAGCACCUUUCCCGCCAUGGCCGAGACCCUCCGUGGCGCUCUCUCUCUCUCACUCAGCGGCUUCAUCUUCCAUUCCACAGACAUCGGCGGCUUCGAAGGAACCCCCCACCCCAGUGUCUACAAACGCUGGAUCCAAUUCGGACUUCUAUCCACCCAUUCCCGCCUCCACGGAUCCAAUUCCUACCGUGUCCCAUGGCUAUUUGAUUCCGAGUCCGUGGAUGUACUCCGAGACGCCGUGAAGCGGAAAAUCGCACUCUCGCCGUAUUUACUCUCUUCGGCUUUGGAGGGGAGUAGAACUGGGACGGGGGUCAUGAGGCCGCUUUUCGUGGAUUUUCCCGAUGAAUGGAGCGUUUAUGAUUUAGAUACGGAGUAUAUGCUUGGUGGGGGGCUGUUAGUUGCGCCGGUGUUUGGGGAGGAUGGGGUGGUGAGGUUCUAUGUUCCCCGUGUUGGUAAUGGGGAAGGGAAGUGGGUGUCAUGGUUCGAUCAUGGAAAGGUGUAUGAAGGGGGGAGGUGGUAUGAGGAGACGCAUGGGUUUGAGACGUUGCCGUUGUUGAUUCGGCCUGGAGCAGUGAUUCCCGUGAAUUGGAAGAUGAAGGGCGCUGAGGAUGAUCCGUUGGAUGGGCUGGAGGUGUUGGUUAAUGGCGUGUUGGAUGGGGAAGUUAAGGUGGAGAUUGUGAAUCCGGAUAGGACGGAUGAGGUGUUGAAGGUCGUUACGGUUAGGCCGGGACCGGAGGGAGUCGUUGCGGAUGAGGAGGUCAAAGUGGUGUGGGUGGGUCAUUAGAUGGUAUCUUCAUUGCAAUGAUUGAAUUGUAGUGGAUGAGUUGUAGUUAGGAUGCAUAUCUACAUAAAGCAUCGAAGAAAUCGGUGGAACACAGAUGGAUGGAGGCUGGGCUCAUGAAUCAAAGUUGCUCAACACAUGG